AGUUUUACAACUAACCUCAUUCAGAGAUCUAUUAAAAUCUUGUCUCUUUUUUAAAUUUUGUUGUCGUUGAAUAUAACUAUUUAUAUCUAGUGAAACUGUUGCUACGUUUAUACAUUUUUGUUUAUCCGAAAUAUCGACGUUUUGUUUCUCAGUGUUUUCUCUAGCAACAAUUUCUAAUUCUUUCAAUGCCUGUUCUUCUAAAGUAGAUUGCUUUUCUGACCAUACAUUUACAUUUUCUUUAAGAAAUAUACUCUUUAAAUCAUCCUAAAAAGAUACAUUACAUAAAGAAAUUCAUUUAAUAUAUUUCACCAAAUAAACCUCCUUUUCCAUUAUGAAUGUAUUUUUAAUAAAGAAAUUUGAAUAAUAUCCAAUACCUAAUACACAAGAACAACUUCAAUAUUAAUUUUUAUAUAAAUGACAACUUUGAUACAUCCGCAGCCACAAGUUAACAGUGGUUAAAGAUGUGCAUUAGUGGAGUCCAUAAAAACAAAACAACGAAAAGAAAGUUUUAUAUUAUAUAUAUUAUAGUAAGAAACCUAUUAGAUAUUUCCAAAUUUUAGAAGCUGUUUUCAUAUGGCAUUUUAUAUAUAUAUAGAAAGUAUUAAGACUUGAAAAAAAAACACAAAAAUAAGAUGAAUUUAUUAGACCCGGUUCCGAAACUAGUUGGUAUUUCUAGUAAUCUUUCUAUAAACAUAAAUAAUAACCCAUUUACUCUUGGAAGAGGAUUAAAUUGCGAUUACGUUGUAACUAAUCAGACUGUAUCCAGAUUACAUUGUCAGCUUGAAAAAUUGGGCGAUUAUUGGUUUCUCCGAGAUAAAAGCACAAAUGGUACUUUUUUGAAUGAUGUAUUAAUAAAGGGAACAUUAAGUCCCUAUUUAAAAGAUCAGGAUGUAAUUCAAUUAUCUGAUGACUGUAAAUAUAGAUUUCAAUGCAGUGAUAAUAUAACUGAUGAACAACUGUGUCAAAUAGCUGAUUCUUUAAUACAAACCAUAAAAGAUGUUCCUUAUACAACUGUAUCUAAUGGCCUCGAUAAGAUAUUUCCCAGCGAGAAAAGUGUAGCUACAGGGGAACAGCCAAAUAAAAAGAUUAAAGUUGCAGUCAAUUCAACAGGAAACAAUAUUAUAGAUUUAACUAAUGAAAGUGCACAGUCAUCCUCUAGCUUGCAUGAACCAUCAAUAAUUGACUUAUGUGAUAGUUACAUAUUGCCGUCAACUUCAAAUAAGGAUGAAGUGAAAAUUUCUGAUGCGAAAGAUGAACCUGAAACUAGAUCUGAAAUACCUUCCACCAGUACUAGUGCGACUAGAGUCGAAAUAGAAUCUAGUCAGUUAGAUCAAGCUACUAAUGAAAACCAAGAAUUUCUCUGUGCCAUUUGCUCAGAACUGUUUGUAAAGGCAACAACACUCAAUUGUUCUCAUACUUUUUGUAAGUAUUGCAUAGAGACUUGGAGGAAGAAACAAAAUUUUUGUCCUAUUUGUAGGACCAAAAUUACAUCACAAGUUGUGACAUUAGUUUUGGACAAUUUCAUAGAAAAAAUAAUACAAAAUUCAUCAAAAAAAGUACAAGACAAUAGAAAAGAACUGUUGGAAGAACGGCAAAAGGAUAAUCAGAUUGAUAAAAAUGCUAAAGACUUAUCUACUGUAUAUCUUGAUUACAGCACAGAUUAUUCAACCGACACAGAGGAUGAUGAUGAUGAUGACUAUGAUAUAGGAAUGAAUGAUAACUGGGACCAAAUUCGCAUACCUUAUUAUGGUGGAUAUGGAAACUGUUUUACUUGUGGAAGAAGAGGACAUUGGUCGAGAGGAUGCCCUUUCAGAUAAAACCUUAUAUCAUUCUAUAUUUUUAUUUAAAAAUUAAAUACCCUUAAAUAAUAUGAUAA